UGACCCCUCCGCUGAUGUGGAGCAUUAUAUCGCUUUCAAAGGCGUAGAACGAAAGUUCGUGUACAUUGAUGAAACACAGCGAGUAAUCGGUAGCCACGUGGAUAUAUCUUUCCGAUUGAGCUAAUCAAACGCAGGCUUCACGAGAAAACCAUUUUGGACGUCCGGGUUGUGCGUAUGGUUGGUCGGCCGUACAGCUUGAGUUCGGCCAUGACAGACGGCAAUCAUACUCGCUACUACCGGAAGCUCUGAGGCAGAACGAGGAAAGACGUGGCGGUAGUCUGUUCCAUCGGUACGGUACGUUUGGGACUGGGUACCGGGUACAACAGGUCGCAUCUAACUCGAGGGAUAACUUGACACUGGUCACGUAACCUGAGAUCGUCCCGCCACGGUUCGAACCGGCGCUUGGAGAGACGGUAGAAGGGGAGGGUAUUCAUCUGUGGCAUUUCUCUCUGGCUCUUGGAAGUUUUCGGACGGGUGGAGCUCCCGAUCGGAGGUCGUGUUGGAUUGGAGGGGAUUGUAUCAUAACAGGUGGGAGAUCGCAGGUUUCAUAGUCGAUUCGCUUGUUUGAGGGUGCAAUUUGACAACAUGGAGUUGGUGCAGUGAUGGUGAAGAAUUUCUCGUUCGCUGACAAUCUGGAAGAAGGGUAACGUUUAACAUCAUAAACUUUCCUCAUCAGCGACGAGAAGGUUCUUCUCCGUCUUGCGAGAGAGCCUCCGAACUUCACUAAGGACAACUCAAGGACGUUGAUUGGUCAGUUGUUGAGGUCGAGGAACGUGCUUUUGGGACAUAUCUUGAGGAACACGGGAAUUUGGCUUAAUCACCAUUAAAACUUGACGCAAGUAGGUGACAGGAAUCAAAAUGGCUGAAGAACUUGGAAACAUGUCGACCGCCGAACUUGUGGAGAUCUUCACAAGCAAGGGACUGAAGUCCCGGUCAGUUUCUGCCGGCGACCUGGUCGGUCAGCUUAUCCGGAGAGCUCUGGGCGCCUUGCAGGAGCUGCAAUCGUGCGAGGAGGAAGGCGAUGAUGAUGUCAGCGAAGAAGCUCAAAACGAGCUCUCCGUGCUCUACCAUGACCGCUGUUACUCCCAGCUCGUGGGCAUGCUGAGUUCUGCAGGGUUAAGUGCUCGCGCGCUGGCUGGGGUUACUUACCUUCUUGCUCUCCUCACGGCAGGCAACUCUGACUAUGCGGAGAACUUCAGGAGCAAGAUGUUGAAAGGUUCUGGAGUUCUCCGUUUGGUGGCGCUUCUAUCAGCUGAAAGUGUGUCAGUGCGCUUCAACGCUCUGCUGGUGCUCGGCAAUCUGCUCCGUCAUUGCCCGAGCGUUCAACGCGAAAUCUUGAGGCUCGGCGGAGUCCGGAAGCUUGCGAUGUUGUUCGAGCAAGCGGUCGAGGAGCCUCAGCAGAACUUGUGCGCGGACGCAUUUUUGCUCCUGUGCGAUUCCGACAUUCCAGAAUUGUGCCAGGAGCUGUUGAAGAUCGGUUCAGCUGCUUCCUUGCUAAAGUGGAUUAAUAGUAGAACUAGUGAACGAGUAGCGAAGAAGGCUGUAACAUCCAUCAACAUCUUGUUGGAGAAGUCCGCCGCCGUACGGAGCGGAGUCCUCCAGCUCCAGCUGGUCGAGCCCCUACUGACAGUCGUAAAGCGUCGCACUUCAACGGAACUUUUGAAGGCAACUUUACUGGUUCUGGAAAGUGUGUGCUGUAAAGAGGACAAUGACCAGCAUCGAUCGAGCUUCAUCGAACGCGGUGGCGUAUCCGUGCUUUUGAAACUUCUGGGAGCCACCAAUGAUCGCGAACUUCUCGCCCAGGUCGUGCGAAUGUUAACAUCGCUUGCCAAUCUGGAUGCGAGAACUAAGCAGGAGGUUGUCAACAACGGAAGCUGUUUGCAGUUUUUACAGGAACUAUUAAUCGCCAACAAUGGGGUUCGCCCUCAGAUGCGUCCAAACUCUUCAAAAAUUGUAGAGGCCGAACAUCCGGAGCUUCUCCCACUGUCGAAUGACUUGGUGGCCGCCAUUCGUCUUCUCUUCCAGACUUGCAACUCCAAGGCCCAACCAGGGAAGCGCAUUGGAAAUUGUGCACCUGUGUACCCGGUAGCAGCAGGCAGAGUCGCGGCGAAAGUAGGUGCGGAUUAGCUGUCACCGAUGUAAAUCAGCGUGUGGGGGAGGGUGGCGGGGGUUCAAUAUCCAUGUGAAUACAAGAUUGGGCCCCAAACUCAGGGGUUUUGUAAAUGUAGCGACAAUCUAAAGGGGUGAAUUCACCGAUGUGGAUUAAGUGCAAAUUGCAGGCACAGUGAACUCACUAGUAAAAAGAAAAGAAAGUAGAUGGUUAGGGGAUCGCUGGUAUCCAGCUAGAGUACACCUCCGAGUUUUUGAAGGAGGGGUGUGAUGAUAAGGGUAUAGCAGCAAAGCUCUUCCCAUCUUUUGUCGUGGGACCCUUCGUAUCAUCUUGUAAUCUGAAAAUCCAAAAAAGUUGCAACGCUUUGUUGUUGUCAUCAAUCAUUCUUUGAAAUGUAAAUAAGCUCCUGCUUGAAAUUCAGGCUUCAUUCGCUGGUAUUUCAAGUCUCACAAGUUGUGCUCAACUUGGCAGAGCAGAGCUUUUUGCGUUUUUGGAUUGUGUGACAACUAUUUGUCGCUCACACGCAUUCUCUUAAGCCGCUUUUUAUUGUCCCGGCUCACAAUUUCCCUAUUUCCUUGUCUGUUGAGUAUAUCAUAGUCUUCGGUCUCCAAAUUGUGCAUGGAUACACAUUCAUGCUAAAGUGUUUGAACGAAAUAUCAUGUUCCUAGUCAACUGUCUUAUGUUGUUUCGUUUCGAUCAGAAUUCAAGUAUUACUACUCUCGACAUGUCUCCGAGCUGCAUACGGAGCAAGAGAAUUUUGCUCUGUUGGUCUGAUUUCUGUUUCGGGAAUAGAAUAGACUAUACACACUGAAGCGUUUGAUGUCUUAUGUCCAUGUUA